AUGGUUACCAUUUUGGUUAAAGACAUUACAAUUGUCAAUGUCUAUAAUCAACCGAAACCAUCCAAGAAAUACCCUGAGCCACCGGUUUUUGAGUUUCUCAAACGGGAGAUCAAGGAACAAUACUCAAAGAUUGUCAUUGCAGGUGAUUAUAACUUACAUCACAAGGAAUGGGAGUCAAGGGCAGAAAUCAAAAAAACAUACAACAAUAGAACCAAUAUUGAUUUGGUUUAUGGCUCAGUGGACUUACUUCAUAGAAUUUCAUUUAGUGGAGUGGAUGAAAAUACACUAAGUGAUCACUCAAUUGUGGAGUGGGACAUCUAUAUGUCUCAGAGUAAAAACGGGGAUGAAGUUUUUACUUCGGUGAAGAGAUUGAAUAUUAAGAAUGCAGAUUGGGAAAAGUUUGACAAGGAGCUUUCUUCUGCCAUUAAAGAUUUUAAUGUGCAUAACAAAACUCUAAAAUCAACUGACCAAAUUGAUGACCAAGCUAAAGCUCUUGAGGAGGUUGUAAAAAGAGCAAUGGCAAAGGAGAAGUUAGAAAAAGCGCUAGAAGCUAAGAGGGAAGCCCGUCAAAGGCAACCUUCUUUGGCUUUGAAACGACAAAAAAUUGAAGAGGCGAAAAAAGCUAGAAAAAUUUUUGACCACAGUUUGCGUGAAGCAAGUACUGAGCAAUGGAAUAAAUAUUUGUCUAGUUUAGAAGGAAAUGACAUUUGGAAGAUUUUGAAGUAUAUUAAUCCAAAAAGCAAUGAUACCAUUAUACCACAAAUUAGAAAAGAAGAUGGAACUCUCACUACUACUGUUGACGAAAAAAGACAUGAAAUAUGGAAGGCACUUCUACCUGAAAUUGAUCAUGGUCUUGAUAGAGAGUUUGAAAUUGAUGACGAUUCUCGAUGGCCAAAAUUAGAGUUUGAUGAAGUUGACUCUGCAUUGGCUGAUACCCCAAAUGAUAAAGCUCCAGGAGACGAUGGAAUUACUGGCAAAGUUUUAAAGAUGGCAUGGCUAAAUAAAGACUUUAAGGAAAGGUUUUUCAAGCUUCUCCAAGCUUGUGUAAAGUUUGGAUACCACCCAAAAGUCUGGAGACAUGGCAUUAUUGUUGUUAUACCUAAACCUAAGAAACCUGACUAUUCAAAGCCAAGAGCAUACCGACCAAUUUCCUUACUUAAGAUUCCAUCUAAAGUACUGGAAAAAAUUAUACAAAAAGAAUGA